UGAACAUGUAAAAAAUCGUAACACUCAAAAAAAAAAUUUAACCUAAGAAAUAUAAAUAGAACCAACCACAAUGCAACUAUUACACGAACAGACGUCUAUUUUGACCGUUAAAGAUAUUGGCAACAUGAAUACAUCCUUGAAAGAUACGUCCUCACAUAAUAUCGAAGUGAAGGAAAAGCGGUCGUCAAAUACAUCUAUCUUUGUGAUGAAUCCAGUUGCGAGCGGGGAUAAUAUGCAGAUAGAUUUAAAUAGCGCACAAAAGAUAAAAGAUGAGGUACCCGUGAUGCCGCAGCUUGUGCCGUGUUGUGAGGGAAAAGAGUUGCAGAUUAACGAAGAUUUGGUUCGUACUGGUCUAUCAGCUAUUUCAGUUAAACAUGACGGCGUGGUCCAAUGUUUGAGUAUGUCUUGUGCGUGCGAAAGGAUGCAAGUGCUCCCGGGGCUUGUUAAGCACAGAAACUCAUUCCGAUCACUUCACCGGCCCGACCUAAAGCGUGUACCGUAUCUCCGACGUAUGACACCGGAUGAACUCGAGUCAUUGUUUCGCGGCUACGCGGAUAUCCCAACGCGUAGCAAGAAGAGAGAUACCUCAAAAGAACCUUUCAUGGUAUUACCUCCCGAUGAAGAUGAUCGAUCAAGAAAAGUUCGAGAUAAAACCAAUUUAGAAGAAGGAGGUAAUCUACAUCCAAUACCAGAGACAAGAUCAUGCGCGGAUGAUGUACCGGCUGGUAUGAGACUCCAUGGAGCGCGUGCGAGACUGUAUACCUCCGUCCUAGCUGGAGCCAAGGCUGGUGAUCAACUGGACAAUACAUCGACAAACGAUGACUGCAUAACACCCAUUUUAGUUGAUCCCAUACCCGAGGACGAAAUUCCACUCUAUGAAGAACUACAAAUUAUACUACCACCUCGCUGCGAUGACGUCAAUGCAGGAUCUUCUCACAGCGGUUCAGAAAAAAAAACAUACAAAUGAACACUCAACAAUAGAUUAUAAACGACAAUAGGCUAUUAUUAUUUAAAAAGUUGCUAAUAUUAACAUUUACAAAAUGUAAGCUAAUGUUCAAAGGAUUCAAUAAAACCCGCUGUAAGUUGACAAAGCUUAAACAGACGUGUAAGAAGGAAUUAAGGAAACUAAUUAUGUAUCUAUUUUGGAUAAUAAAUGAUAUCUUUGAUUAAAAAAUAUCAAUACUAAGCUUGUCAACUGCAUUCAUAGCAUACUGUAAUUUGCAUAAUUUGUAACGGUUUUAAACAUAAAUAUAAAUAUC